AUGCGAAAUCCUAUGAUGAGUAUAUACUCGUAUAUAGAUGCUUAUGCUGUUGAUUGUGAAAUGUGCUACACAGUUAAAGGCGUCGAAUGGACAAAAGUUACCGUUGUCGGUAUGGACGGAAGUGUUGUAUACGAUUCAUAUGUGAAACCUGACCAUGAAAUAGUCGACUACAAUACCCGAUUUUCUGGAAUUACGGCACAACAUAUGGCAAUGAAGAAUACUCAAAACAUCAGACAGGUACAGAGGGAUUUGAUGAAGUUCAUCCACGAAGGGACGAUUCUAAUUGGCCACGCAUUGGACAAUGACUUGCGGGCCUUGAAGCUAGUUCAUCAAAACAUUGUUGACACUGCUCAUGUAUUUCCUCACAAAAAUGGUCUUCCAUAUCGAAGGUCGCUGAAGGAUUUGGUAUCGACCAUUUUGAAUCGUAAUAUACAGAUAGGAGCAAUAGGUCACGACAGUUAUGAGGAUGCUGUCGCUUGCUUGCAGCUAAUGUUCUGGAAAGUGAAAGCGNAGAGAACAGAUUGA